AUGUACAUGAAGAACAAUACAAUAAAAUUAAGUGCUGCUGACAUUUUUGUUUUUGUAUGUUCUAACAUCCCAGUGGCUGCUGACAUCACAGUGGGCAUAGUUUACUCCCUUUUUGGUGUUUUUUCGCUCUGUGGAAACAGUAUGCUGCUGUAUGUGUCCUUCAUGAAAAAGCACCUCUUAAAACCAGCCGAGUUCUUCAUUGUUAACCUGGCCAUCAGUGAUCUGGGCAUGACUCUCAGUCUCUACCCCCUCGCGGUCACCUCAAGUCUCGCACACAGAUGGCUUUAUGGAAGGACAGUGUGUGUGAUCUAUGCCUUCUGUGGUGUUUUGUUCGGAAUCUGCUCUCUGACCACUCUCACUAUACUCAGCACUGUUUGCUGCCUCAAAGUCUGCUAUCCACUUCACGGUAAUAGAUUCACCUAUGAGCACGGUCGUGUGCUAAUAGCAUGCGCAUGGGCCUAUGCACUCAUGUUCGCAUGCUCCCCCCUCGCCAACUGGGGUCAGUAUGGUCCUGAACCCUAUGGCACAGCCUGCUGUAUUGACUGGGCCUGGUCCAAUCACGACUCAGUUGCCCGCUCCUACACCUCGGUGCUCUUCAUUGCCUGCUACCUGCUGCCAUGUGGUAUCAUCAUAUUCUCCUAUACACGCAUACUGCUCACGGUCCGUGAGUCCCACAGAGCAGUGGAGCAGCACAUCUCAGCGCAGACACGCAUGGGCAGUAUCCAGGCCAUCAUUGUGAAGAUGAGUGUGGCGGUGUGUAUAGGAUUCUUCACUGCAUGGAGUCCAUAUGCACUAGUGUCUAUGUGGGCAGCAUUUGGCCAUUUGGAGGACAUUCCGCCCCUUGCUUUCGCCAUCCCUGCAGUUUUUGCCAAAUCCUCCACCCUUUAUAACCCUCUCAUCUACCUCUUGCUCAAACCCAACUUCCGCCACCUCCUCUGCAAGGACAUGCGCUCCCUGCAAGGGGUUUGCAUGCACUACUGCCUGUGCCAGUGUUUUCACCUCUGGAGCUACCGCCCAUCGCUAGCCCUCAAUCUGCGGCCCCUACGGCGACGAGGCAAAUCCAUCUCAGAAUCGAGGGGGAGGCCUGUAGGUCUGUUUCAUUGCCCUUGCGAGAGGUGCAACGACCCAUUUGAGCAGUUUAGGCACUACCCACGCCACUGUCCCGUCAACGUGAACACUGUGCAGUUGUCUCUGCAGGACAGCACCGAACCCGAAUUGGAGCUGGAACUGGAACAAAAACCCACAGAGAUAAAAGAACGUAAACCAAAGAGCCAGACAAUGGAGUGUAAGAAAUCUGUAAGGGUGAUUGUGAGGGGGCGGAAAUGUUCCGAGAUUGACAGUCUGGAGAUCACUUUGGAAACGUUGCCUGUACACAGCAAAGCUGCCAAAAAUGCCAAACCAUAACACCUGAGCCUAUGCAUGGGUGUCUGGUUAAACGCAUGCAGUGCGUGUGUGUAUUCACUUGUCUUGGAGUGGAGCAGACUUUCACAUAUGCCUCAAUUAAGACCCUGACAACAAAUGACUUUCUGAAGUAUUAUUGAUUUGAUUAUUGUGUUGAUUUGUCAGUAAUGACAAUGAUUGUUUUUUAAAGGAAAAAAUGGUUUAUUAUGAACAACUGACAAAAUAUUAGUGUUUUUUUAACUCAAUGAUUUUUUUUUUUAUGAAGUGUACACACGUCUUGGCUACCUGCUGCGGGGCUGAACACAUAUGCAUUCUUGA